AUGGGAAUGAAGUGGGUUCCUAGAAGUGGUGCGGCAAUUGUUCUUGCCCUAUCUCUGCUGCUACUGGGUUUUGCAGCAGAGGUCAGCAAUGGCGGAAUAACCAGCAGCUUCUUGAGGAAAUACGACCUUUCCAAAGACAUGACGCUGGACAGCGACGUGUUCAAAGCCCCUCCUGGCUACAAUGCUCCUCAGCAGGUGCAUAUUACACAAGGAGAUAUGGAGGGGAAGGGUGUUAUAGUGUCGUGGAUUACACCAGAUGAGCCAGGCUCCAAUAUUGUGCUGUAUUGGGCUGAAGGCAACGCCAAGCAGAAGAGUCAGUCUGAAGGGACUGUUUUGCAGUACAAGUAUACCAAUUACACAUCUGGUUACAUUCACCACUGUACCAUCAAAGGUUUGGAGUUUGAGACAAAGUACUACUACGAGGUGGGGAUUGGCAGCAAAUCCAAACGCCAGUUCUGGUUCACAACCCCUCCUAAACCUGGCCCUGAUGUCCCUUACACUUUUGGCCUCAUAGGGGAUCUUGGUCAGACUUAUGAUUCCAACACGACGGUUGACCACUACAUGUCCAAUUCGAUGAACCCACAGACGUUGUUGUUCGUCGGCGACCUGUCUUACGCCGAUGCUUACCCGUUGGGCGACAACUCGAGGUGGGAUACAUGGGGAAGGUUCACCGAGAAAUUGGUCGCGUACAAACCUGCGAUUUGGUCUGCAGGAAACCAUGACAUCCAAGUCCUCCCUGAGAAUGGCGAGAACGAACCAUUUCAACCUUAUAUCAAACGUUACCCAACGCCCUACAAGGAAUCAGGGAGUUCAUCUCCAUUGUGGUACUCCGUCAAGAGGGCUUCUGCCUACAUCAUUGUCCUCUCCAGUUACUCUGCUUCUGGGAAGUACACUCCACAAUACAAGUGGCUGGAAAACGAGUUCACAAAAGUCAACCGGACGGAGACGCCAUGGCUGGUAGUGGUGAUGCACGUCACGUUCUACACGGGCUACGACGUUCACUUCAUGGAAGGGGAGACCAUGCGAGUUGUGUACGAGAAGUGGUUCGUGGAGAAUAAGGUCGAUGUCGUCUUCGCCGGCCAUGUUCACGCUUACGAACGCUCGGAACGCGUGUCCAACAUCAAGUACAAGGUAACAAACGGGAUCUGCAAUCCCAUAAAAGACGAAUCUGCUCCCGUUUACAUCACAAUCGGAGACGGUGGGAAUCUCGAAGGAUUGGCUACUGGCAUAAUUGAUCCGCUGCCAGAGUACUCUGCUUUCAUCGAACCGAGCUUCGGGCACGCGAUCUUCGACAUAAAGAACAGAACGCAUGCGUAUUUCGGCUGGCAUCGGAAUCAGGAUGGGUACGCGGUUGAAGCUGAUACCAUGUGGCUGCACAAUAGGUACUGGAAGUCUUGA